GCGAGCGGCGGGGGAGCGCGCGGCAGGCAGGCGGACCCUUCACCUUAUCCCGUUAUCCGCUCCGAGCCAGUUGCGCGACGCGAGGAUUCCGUCCCGCUUGCUCGCUCACGCAGUCGUCACGCUCCCUCCAGCCGCCGACUCGCCGGCGGCACCGCGGCAGCGGACCCGUCCGUCCGAGCACCCCCUCCCCACCACCCACCCGCCGCGGGCCGGACCCGCCCGUCAACCGAGAGCACAAGGCCGACGGCGGGCACGAUGGCCUGCCCCGCCGCCACCACGGCUCGCAUCGGGUGCCUGUGGAGGAGCGAGGGGAUCGCCGGCUCCGCGUCCCCGCGCCGGAGCCGUCCGGCGCGGGACACGAGGGCGCGCGCCUCGGAGCUGCAGCAGGCGCCCCGGCCGCCGGCCGCCGCUGCCGUCGCCGCCCACAAGGUCACCGUCCACGACCGCCAGCGCGGGGUCGUCCACGAGUUCGUCGUGCCGGAGGACCAGUACAUUCUGCACACCGCGGAGGCGCAGGACAUCAGGCUGCCAUUCGCGUGCCGGCACGGUUGUUGUACAAGCUGUGCAGUCAGGAUAAAAUCUGGACAAAUAAGACAACCCGAAGCACUUGGGAUAUCUGCAGAACUAAAGGACCAGGGCUAUGCCUUGUUGUGUGUUGGCUUCCCAUCCAGUGAUGUUGAAGUCGAGACUCAAGAUGAAGAUGAGGUAUAUUGGCUCCAAUUCGGGAGAUAUUUUGCACGAGGGCCUGUGGAAAGAGAUGAUUAUGCGCUAGAACUUGCAAUGGGAGACGAGUGAGCAGUGCCUAAGAGGUCGUGUCCUCUCAAACUAGAAUCCCUGCAAUACUGAAUACGUUCACACUCUGUUCUUGCCCCCAAAAUCUAUCUCUCUGCUUUCACUUAUUUCAGGAUCGUGGUUUUAAGUUGUGUUUCUGCAGUUGGUAGCUUAUAGAGUCACAAGAACCUGCUUCGCAAGAGGGGAAGAUAUUUUUUGUUUUUUUUCCCUCUGUUCACAGUUCUCCCAUGUUCCGUUGCGCCCUAGCAGUUUGGCAUGUGCAGAUGUGCUUCUUGUAAAGAUGCCACUUCUGAUAGAUGAUGAACAGUAUGAACCGUGUAAAGUUGUAAACUGCACUGCAUUAAAUCUUCAGCGCGAAUAACGAUCGCCGGAGCUAUGAGAUUUGGAAGUUGCAUGCA